UGGAACAGGAGGAGGAAACGUCCAGCAGUGGAAGCUGGUUUUCUGCACACUCCAGGAAUGGCAGCACCUUUCCUCAGAGUGGGGCGCCUGAGUGAGCAGCGCCUGCGUCUAGAAAGCUCAUUUGGCAUUUUAAGAGGAAGACCGAGUGUAAUGGAGUUCUGUACCAAAUCUGGGAAUCUCAACAAACCAGUCAGAUACACAAGUAUAAAGAAGGCCAAGCCCAAAACGAUAAUCGAUAUUGGCAAAUUGAUUUUGCAAAAGACCAGUGACACUAAAUCAACCAAACAGUCAGUAAUUGCAGAAGCUGCUAUGAAAGCUGCCACAAAAACUGCCAAACAUCCUGCAUUAAAACAGUCUGCUAUUUCAAGCGAUUCUGUGGCUACCACACCAAAGGUUGCGACGGCUGCAAGUUCUUCAGUACAGGUGACCCCUGUUGCUGCAACCACUCACUGUGACUCCCUGAAAAAUGAAACUCAUAAGGUGUCAGGUGCAGAAAAAACACUAGCCACGUCUAGUUCCACUGCUGAAGACUUGUUUGACACUACAGCAUUUGGAGAGCAAGGGAAUGUUCCUGUCAAUGAAGGUCACAAGAGAGUGCCAGCACCUACAGCCACCAAGAAUCUUGCUCCUGAAGCGUCUUCCUCUUCAGAAUUUUCAGGUCUUGCCACAUCAUUUAAAGGAAGGACAUCUGAACCAGAGAGUAACCCUGAUGAACGGGCAAGUCCCCUUAAAGCAACUUCUGAAACGGACUCUGGUGCUGUCCCUGUCCCUAUAGAUGUCACCUACUCUGAGGAGGUCAAUUCAGAUGACGAAGCUUCUACAGAGCCUUCUGUUGGGGUCCUUUCAGCUACAGGCACGGUAACUACAGAAAUGGUUAACUCUCAAUCUGUCGGCGCUGUCAGUGUAGAUAUCCCUGUUACUCCUCCUGAGGUUUACUCUCAGAAACAUCCUCAUGCAGGACAUGACUUUUCCAAGCCCACUCAAGUACCUGAAGGUGCAGAAAUCAUUCGUGUCCCAAAGGGUUCAGCCUCUGUACCUACAUCUACUUCAGAAGAUGCACUUUCAGAAGUAAAUGCAUCCCGAGCACAGAUCCAAGAAUGCGGACAACUGAGUUCGACUGCGUCUUCCUCAAAGACCUUUACUGAAGAAGGGACUGUUGCUUCUGCAAGUACCCUAGAAAUAAGAGAGGUUGCACCCUUGGUUCCACAUGACUACACCAUUGUUGAAGAAACUGGUCUCGAGAAAAUGUCAUCCUCGGAUGCUUCACCUGAAAAAGCAGUCAUGUCCGACUUCAGCUCAAACAUUAUACCUGUAGAAAGGGCAAAUCAACAGCCAAAAACAGAAAUCCCUGAGGAUUCAACAAGUCACGCUGAAGAGAAGUCUGCAAUGGCCAAAGUGUCAUUGGACCAAGAUCCGGAUCCAACCAAUGAGGAAUUUGCAGAUGAGGAACUAACAACAGACAAAGCGGGAGUGCUCAGGGACUCAGAGGCACAUCUGGAUCCAAUAAAGAGGCUGUUCCUAGAUAAGAUCCGUGAAUACUCCACUAAGAGCAAGGCCCAUGAUGGGCUGGUUGAUGCCGGCCCAGAGUACGAGAGAGAGUUUUCUGAGGAACUGGCUAAGCUUCAAAGACUUUAUGGUAAUGGAGACCUCACAGCAUUUCCAGAGUUUGAGUUUCCAGAGCCUGUGUUGGAUGAAUUCAACCCCAAAUAAAUACAAAAUGUUAAUUCUUAACUUUCCAAAGAAAUGUUAUGUGUAUUAUAGGACUGAAUACUGUUGUGCAGUAUUAAUGGAAUAAUGAUAUCUUAUAUGCAGUUAAGAAUAUUGUGAAAGUAGUUGUAAAGUGAAGCGUUAUAGAAUAAUAUAAAAAACUAUGCAAUUUGCUGAUAUCUCAAGGGAAAUGUGAAAGCAGGAAGUUCAAAUAAAGACAGAUAGAUUGUUUUGGUAGGGGGAUUUUUUUUGGUAAACACUUUUUCUCUGUUUACAGUGUGUAAAAAUAUAACAGUAUAACAAUAUUAUAAACUUUGCAAUAUUUAAACAUCUGAAGGGUAAUUGUGUAUAAAAUUUAUAUUAAUUGUUGAAGACUGGACUUUUGUUUUUUAGAAUUUAGGACUGUGUGUGUUUGUUUGUUUAUAUGUGUGUACAAAACUUGCACUAUUUGCUGACAGACAUUUUUGAGUAUAAAUAAAUAUGAAAUAUAUUAUAAUAAAUUAAAGACUAUCCC